CCACAAUAAAGAAGUUACAGCCGCAGAUCUGCCAUUUCUAGCUUCUUCCUUCAAUACCUAUGGAGCCAUCCAAGCUAGUGGUGGUUGUUUUGCUCGUGCUGGCCAUGGCGGCCGUGCGGCCUUCCAGCGCUCAGAACUCGCCUCAAGACUACCUCACGCCCCACAACCGGGCCCGCGCCGCCGUCGGCGUCGGCGCGGUGACCUGGAGCACGAAGCUGCAGCAGUUCGCGGAGAGGUACGCCGCGCAGAGGGCCGGCGACUGCCGGCUGCAGCACUCGGGCGGGCCGUACGGGGAGAACAUCUUCUGGGGCUCCGCCGGCGCCGACUGGAAGGCGGCGGACGCGGUGAGGUCGUGGGUGGACGAGAAGCAGUGGUACAACUACGCCGCCAACAGCUGCGCCGCCGGCAAGGUGUGCGGCCACUACACGCAGGUGGUGUGGCGUGCCACCACCAGCAUCGGCUGCGCGCGCGUCGUCUGCAACAACAACCGCGGGGUCUUCAUCACCUGCAACUACGAGCCCCGCGGCAACAUAAUCGGACAGAAGCCCUACUGAUGAUCGCUAAACUAUAUAUCUUCUGGCUCAUGGAUUACGUGGCGUGGGCUCAUGGGACUUUCUUCCAUUAUACGAAUAAUAAUUAAUAAGGCAUGCACUGAGUAAAUAAAGGGUCAGUAGGCCGUGUGCUACCUCCAUCUCAUAAUAAAGCCAAUAAAGGAGUUUUCUUUUUUUCUCUUUUUUUAAAUAAAGGAGUUUUUUUAUUUAUAGAUUGGUACUAUACUACUAGUGCCCGGAUGUUCGACUGCAA